AUGGACAAUCAUUUGCGGGAUUUGCUAUCCGAACAGCGCGCUUCUGUGAGAUCUUGGCUGUCAGCAUUGGGAGUGCAGACAUGUCAGGAUGUUAAGCACCUCUGGGCAGAUGCGGCGGCUAUGGAGCGCGAAUGGUCUAACGGCCCAGGUAAGGAAUGUUCAGCCGACUUGGCGCUGGAGGUCGCUGAUUUCUACACUAGGGCUUGUCGUUUGGCGCUGCAAGAUAGUCGGGCGCAGGUCAGACAACUAGCAGGGGAGCGUGAGUCAGCUUAUUCUGCUCCCAAAUCGGAGAAGCGUGCUCUGCCUCCUGUAGCUGCUCGACCUCAGUCUAAGGCCAAGUUGUUAGUUCCUCAGCGCUUUGUUGGCCCGGACGUGCCUGUGCUCACUGUCUCGGAUUCCAAUGCAACCAGUGCCGCAGCUACUGACGAACGGCGCCAGCUGAAAGUUCGUGCACUUUUCUGCUUGGCUCUCGAUGUUUUUCUUGUCAUUGCGGAAAUAGGUCUGGAAUCCCUUGACAUGUCGGAUGAAUCUGCAGUUGCACGGGCUACAACACUGGCUAUGGUUGCUGUGGGGCGUCUAUCCGUAAGACGAAUUGCAGCUUUGACCGCCACCCUGAAGCGUUGGAAGACUUUUUGUGCACAGCAGGCCUGGUCGCCGCGUAACUUAACACCUGCUAAUGUUGCUGCUUUUCUGCGCUCUGUGAGCUUUGGCGGUCCGACGGCCGCAAGUGCAGUUUUUCAGGCGCUGAGGUGGCUACACUUGAACCUGGCUGCACCUUUUCCUGUGGAUCAUUUCAUGAUAAAGCCUUUUCGCUUCCACAGUCUUGGACACACAUCCAGACAAGCAGCGGAACUCCAACCAUGGAAAUUCUUCAACUUGUUGCGCAUCGCCGCAGAGCUUACAGGAACCCCACGCAUCUUGAUGCUCUUUGUAUUGCAGGCAGCAGUGUCAUGCAUACGUUUUGCUCACUUUCAGCGAUCCGUGCUCCACAAGGACCAUGGGUUCUGGCUGGAGUUUGAGUGUUCGGAGGGCAAGUCUCGCCGUAAGGGUGUGCGCCCGGCGUAUAAAUGGGCCACACCUGCCCUGAAGUUCGGAGGUGUUGAUUUGGUCGCCGAGCUGCGUCGUUUCUUCCAGGAAGAGCUGCUGCCGGAUACUCCUUUCUUGUGGCCGGCCAUCAGACUGCGAAGUGACGAUCUUUGGCAACUGACCGAGGACACUCCUUUUCUGUUGGAUCGGAAGCUAAGCGGCCCACGUUUUCUGGACUUGUUCCGGGGUGCACUUUGCAGGUGUGGACUGCAACCGGCCCAGGCUUCUGUGGCUGGCUUCAAUCGCCUGCGUCGUUUUCUGCCCACAGGUGCGCAGAUGCUGGAUAUGCGCGUCCUCUGCAUCUGCACCCAAGCAUACCCGUACCGACCUGAUGUCAACGCAUUACUCAGGAGUGAAUCCUCCCUUUGGCCCUCGCGUCAUGGCGGAGCUUGCAUUGCCGGCAUCUUCUACGUCACACGCGCCGUGGAUGCACCAUCGUGGGCCAUUGCAGGCAACCCUGUGGAGGCUUCUGUGGUUAUGCGUGUGGCAGGCUCGGCCCUUCACCCCCGCAAGAUGGCAAUCUUCCUUGGCGGCUUCCUUUGCGGGUACGCCUAUCGAGAUCCUUGCGAGCCCAGCACUUCGUGGUUCGGGGGUGGUGCUCAGUGCCUUGUGCACGCGGCUGCGGCUUUGCCUGCUCCAAGCCUUUGGGAGCCCCAACAUUGGAUGCGCCGCCAUGUGGUCACUCUCGUCAUGUGUGCUCGACUUGCAGACCUGGAGUCGACACCAGCGGAGGUCCAGGUAGGGGCGUGCUACUCCCCGGGACUGUGCUUUGCCGGGCUUCCAUUGCCCGCCAUGUCUGCAUCACAUCAGGUUGACAUUCAAGCCUCUGACAGAGGCCUUGCAUCCUGUAUGCGCCUGGCUCGGGUUGCCACAGCUUGGUCUGAGGCUUUCUUUAAGAAGCACAGCAUUGAGACUUUGGAUGACUAUGUCUAUGUAGUUGACAGCACCCGUUGGGAAGCUUCGCUGAAGGAACUUGCCGACGAGUGCCAGGAGCUCAAGGACAACAGGAUCGCCUUGGCCCGGUUGAAAGCUGCGUACGAAAGCGGCCAAGCAGCCAUCCAACAGUCCCAGGCAGUGGAAAAAUCGGACAAUGCAGACUUUGAUCAGCCGAUCCCUGAGAACCAGUUCCAGCAGCUGGAUAAAGAUUGGAAGUCAAGCUACGGAUUCCAGAUCGAAGCCCAUCUUGAUCCCUCAGACAGCCUUCGUGGGCGUAUCUGGCGGGAGCUUCGCAGAAGGCAGCUCACUCUCUUGGACCUCAGGAAGGUGAAAUCAGUUGUGGGCGGCUCUACCCCUCUUGACGAGGAGCGCAUCAAUCUUGACUCAGGGGUGGUGCUCCAGUUCUCCAAGGAUUCAUCCUCAGCACCUAAGAACACUAUCGAGUACUACCUCCGCCUCAGGAUCGCCUUUGCAUGCCUCUCAACAUUGCAUUGGACUAUGCACUAUGCUGACUUCGCUCUGCGUCAUACAUCCACAUACGGGGCAGGCUCACUGGCAUGGCUCCAACGGAACGACCUUCACACUCGUGGGGCGAUGUGCGCGAAGGUGAGACGGGGACUCACGGCAGGAGUUGCCUUGACUGAAGCACUCCGUGAGUCUCAUUUGGAGUGGAGAUCGCCAGGGGCCCGGAUGAGUGAGCCGAUGCCAGCACCAUCCACUCCGAGAGGUGGAAAGCGGAAGUUUGAUGAUGAUAUCCCCACACCUCCUCCCGCACCAUCUGGGCAGCGCAGGGUUCAGACAAUUUCCAUGAUCCGCGGUGGCCGUAAGAUUUGCAAGGAGUGGAAUGAUUCCAGAGGGUGCAAUAAGAAGAAUUGCGACAGCAUUCAUGGGUGCGACGUCCGCCUUCCGGAUGGCAGCCUGGACCCGGAAGCUACGGCGGGGGACCUCCUCCUGAGGGCUGACUGGCCGGUGACCUGGAGGGGAGGAGGUGACUUGCCUCAGCUCCCGAAUGUUCCUGCACCUCAAGGGGCCUGCUCUCAGCAUACCAUGCCGUCGCUGGUACAUGUUGACGAUGUGGCUGACGUGUCGGUGGAAUCUCUUCUGCCGUUCCUCCAGCGUCGUCGGGACGUUAUCCAGCAGUAUUCCGCCUGGCUGGGCUGCCCUCCAGUCCGUUCAGAUGCCGCAUGCUGCGGAUGGACAAGCCGCGACCGACUCUAUUGGCUAACCAGCCAAUCCAAGGAUGCUUCGUCUGCUGAGCCUCCUCAGCCCUGGGUGUAUCAGCAUGAUGGCAAGGCUGCAGCACUCCUUGUUUACACUGGCCAAAAGCCAAUUCCUUCCCGGGUCUUCCUAGAGGAUGGUUUCCCCAUGCAGGUCAUGAAGGGAGAGGUACCCGCAGCACACACGCUCACCCGGGAGUUUUAUCAUCCAUCUGACCUGGUUCAUAAGACCACGCCUGAGGCGGCUGAUCGCUUCUUCUCUGAUGCAAGAAGGUUCCCUCCGGCUUCUUAUGAGGACCAUAGUCUGCUUUGGCGUGGUCAGGAAUGGAGGCAGCCAUCCCCGGAAGAGCGCAGUCAAUUCCUGGGUGUGCCGGCAGCAGCCACCACCGCAGUUACAGGGAGUGCUCAGUACCACCUGUUGCCGCCUGCCAUUAUUAGUGCCAAGACCCGCACUCGGAUCUUCGCAGGGAACACAGGGCAACGCUACUCCUCCGAGCACGCCAAAGGCCUCGACCAUUUGCUUCCCCCUGGAUUAGGAAAGGAGGGUCAUAUGGCCGCUGCUCUUCAGCUCAAUUCCCCGUUCAGUCCAGUGCGGUGGCCGGACGAGGACGUCCAAUUUGUGGCAUCCACGGUGGCAGUGUGGCAAGACAGCCUGCCAGCUCUGGCUAGGCGUCAGCGAGCAGUGCUCAAGUCCCUGGCAAAGGCGGUUGAGCCGUUGCGUGUGUGCCUUGCAAAGUUGCUGUGUCCGUGCGCGCAAAAGGUUGCCGCGUCCAAGAAUCCCGCUUUUGUUGCCUUGCUGACGGCACUCCUCAGGUAUGCAGAUGAUAUCCUUGCUCAGACCCUGGCUGAGCGGGAUAAAGGUUUUUGCAGUGACCUCUUGACUAAAGAUCAAGUGGAUUGCCUUUUCGGCCCAGGAGGCUGGCGGCCUAUGGAAAGGUUCCUGCUCAGGCAAGGCGAUGGGAAGGCUCGCCUGGUGGACAACUGCCGAAAAACUGAGCACAAUGCUAUUCACACUGUCUCAGUUGAUUUCGUGGCCUCAUCCAUCAGGGAUGUUUUUCAAGCGUUGAAGGUGCAUGGGCAUGUCUCAGAUGAGUUGACGCCCUGGUUGAAUGUUCGCUUGGGAACAGAUGACCUGCCUGAUGCAUAUAGAGGCCACCCUGUGCAAGAGUCGCAUAUGCCACUCAGUGUGGUAGCCAUUUUUGUGCCUAAGCAGGGCUGGCGCUUUACGGUCCUUUAUGGACUGGCCUACGGUUUGGAAGCGGCAGUUGUGGCCUUUAACAGGCUCCCCCUGCUAGGUGUUGCGGCGGCUCGCCGCUGUGCGUCAUCCUUGUGUGCUGCAUACUUUGAUGAUGAGCUGUCGCUUGAGCUCCUCCUGGGGGCCGAUGUUUCCAGGCCAGGCCCAGUGCUGCGCAUGUUUCAGCAAGGUCCGGAUGGUGGCCCGGAGCUCGAUCACUAUUCGCGUCAGGUUCUUCAUGCCUUGUGCAAAAUGAUCCAGUUCUCAGCACCACGGGAAAUCCGUGUGUUAGGGGACCAGUCCCCGAUCUUGACCGUGUAUUCCGAUGCAUCUUUCGAGAAUGGCACUUUGAGACUGGGGUGGGUUCUCUUUUCGUCUCGCGCCGCUCGCCCAAUCGGAGGAACAUGUGUGGUUCCAUCUGAGGUCAUUGCAGACUGGAAAAUGCGCACGCAGCAGAUCUUCAUGGGCGAGACACUGGCAGCCCUUGUGGUACCACUGCUUGAGGAAUCCUUCUUCAGGCACACUGACGCGAUUUGGUUCGUGGACAACGCUAACGCCGUGUCUUCUGCUGUCUCAGCUUCAUCACGUGAGGAUGAUGUUCAUGAGGUCGCCCUCGCAGCUGCAUGCUUUCGCACAGCUAUCAGCUGUCGUACAUGGUGGGAGUGGGUUGACACCCACUCGAACCCGUCUGACGGCCUCAGUCGUCUGGGCCUGAGUGACGGCUGGACGCGAUCCCAAAACUGGGACACGAGGGAGUUCGAGUUUCCUGCAUCUGCUCACAGAUCUCGGAUUCUGGACUUUUUGCUGCGAUGA